UUUUCUAUAAAACGAUUCUUUGUGAUAUGUGGCUUCCUCAUCUUUCUCUACUAAAACCAACCAGAAAACAUUUCUUGUAGAAGAAAAAAAAUGAAUUUCUCUUCUUUCUCUUCGUUGUCAAUUUGGACAACCCUAAUAACACUGGGAUGUCUUAUGCUUCAUUCAUCUUUCUCGACUGCUCAACUUACUACUACUUUCUACGACACUACAUGCCCUCGUGUCUUUAACAUCGUACGGGACACCAUAGUCAACGAGCUAAGAUCGGAUCCUCGUAUCGCCGCGAGCAUCCUUCGUCUUCACUUUCACGACUGCUUCGUUAAUGGUUGUGAUGCAUCGAUCUUGUUAGACAACACAACCUCGUUCCAAACAGAAAAAGAUGCGGCGCCAAAUGCAAAUUCGGCCCGGGGAUUUCCAGUGAUUGAUAGAAUGAAAGCAGCAGUGGAGGCAGCAUGCCCGAGGACUGUUUCAUGUGCAGAUAUUCUUACCAUCGCAGCUCAACAAUCUGUUAAUUUGGCAGGAGGUCCUUCUUGGAGGGUUCGUUUGGGGAGGCGAGAUAGCUUACAAGCAUUUUUUGAUCUCUCUAAUAACAAUCUUCCCGCUCCAUUCUUCUCUCUUCCACAACUUAAAGCCAGUUUUAGAAAUGUCGGUCUUGACCAUCCUUCUGAUCUUGUUGCUCUCUCUGGUGGUCACACUUUUGGUAAAAACCAAUGCCAGUUUAUUUUGGACAGGCUAUACAACUUUAGCAACACUGGUUUACCCGAUCCUACCCUCAACACUACUUACCUCCAAACGCUACGUGGACUAUGCCCUCGUAAUGGUGACGCGACCGUGUUGGUUAAUUUCGAUCUCCGUACACCAACCGUUUUCGACAACAAAUAUUAUGUGAAUCUGAAAGAGCACAAAGGACUUAUCCAAAGCGAUCAAGAGUUGUUCUCUAGCCCUAAUGCUACUGAUACAAUCCCCUUGGUGAGAGCAUAUGCCGAUGGCACACAAAAGUUCUUCAAUGCGUUUGUGGAGGCUAUGAAUAGGAUGGGAGACCUUUUGCCUCUCACAGGAUCUCAAGGACAGAUCAGGAGGAACUGUAGGGUGGUCAACUCCAACUCGUUGCUCCAAGAUGUGGUUGAAAUCGUUGACUUUGUCAGCUCAAUGUAAUAAAAGUUGUCUCAGUCCGAUAUGUGGCAACCAAUAUGAAUGUUUGUUAUGAUAAUAAAACGCUACCAGAAUGUUA